AUGAAAAAAGCUCCUCGUAGUAUUGAAGAAUGGCUCUAUUUCAAACUUCUGGAUAGUCCUGGAUUUCAUCGAUUUGUAAGAAGAAUAUAUAGAAGAAUUAAUGGUAUUAAAGAUACUCCUGAUAUCGAAUAUCGUCAAACAAUAUCUCCUCUUUUAUAUAAAACUACACAAUUACAAAAAUUCAAAGCCUUCAAAAUAUUAUUUAUAGAUGAAUUUAGAAGUUCAUUUGGUCUUCACAGAAAAGCUAAUGAUUUAAUAAAUCGUAGAUAA